AUCAACUCCCUCCCAAGUCCACUCUACAAGCUCCCCCCAGGAGCCGAAAAACAAGAAAAUCGAGGAUGCCUUGGUGUAUACGGGGCCACUGCACCGAUUGCCUAAACUGGCGAAGGACUGCCGGGCACUAUUCCUAUCGCUGACGGCCGACAAUUGGGUCUACUGCCAUGACAAGAUGAACGGCAAGGUCCACCAGGAAAUCUACCUGGGAUCACCCAACCGCUACAAGUUCAAGCAUAUUGACUGGGAGACCCACGGCGAAACCAUCAUUUUGCAGUCCCUGCACAACCACAGCCAUCCACAGCUCACACAGCCGGCAGCAAGGAGCAAACCAAGAGUUCUGAUCACCAUAGCAGUGUUUGCCAUGUUUCCCCUUCAGUUCAAAGGCAUGUUGGAAAUUGACAGAGCUAUCUUUGGGAAAGAAUGCAACCAUGCCAAUGUUUCAGAGGGCCUUCUUAUUGUUGGAACAGGCAGCACCUUGACUGGGGCAGUAAGAUUGUACAACUUCAGGAACAUACUUGAAGAAGUGAGCCACUCUAUUUUUCACAGAUGUAUGUUUUCAGCUAAACUUUAUGAGCCUUGCUUAGCACUGGAUGGUGCUAAAGUCGGAACCUAUCCUGCUGGCCUACCUUGA